AUGGGUUCAAACAGACCAGCAGCAAGGAACCAAAGGGCCAAGCUUGCAGCAGACUUGAAUGACCUCUUCAAGGAUCUCCAGUCGAACCAAGUCAAGACCGUUGGCAACUACCAUCUCGGUCAAUUGGUCGGCCAAGGCACAUAUGGCAAGGUCAAGCUAGCAACGCACGCAUUAACAGGACAGCAGGUCGCAGUCAAAAUUGUGGCCAAAUCUCAUGCAGCCAUCAUCACCCGAGAGAUCUACCACUGGCGCUGUCUGACACACCCCUAUAUCGCCCACUUACAUGAAGUCCUCACCACAGAAUCCAAGAUCUACCUGGUAACAGAGUACUGCCCCAAGGGCGAGCUCCUCGAGGCCCUUAUUCGAGAUGGACGGUGUAAACCCUCGCUGGCAAAGCGGUGGUUCCGGCAAAUAUGUCUGGCAAUCCAAUACUGUCAUUCUCGCAAGAUUGUCCAUCGAGACCUCAAGCUUGAGAACAUUCUGCUGGACAGCCAGAACAACAUCAAGCUCAUCGACUUCGGGUUCACAAGGGAGUGCGAGUCCAAGAAGCUGCUCGAGUCCUACUGCGGCUCUGCAGCCUAUACGGCCCCCGAGAUCAUUGUUGGCAAAAAGUACUCCGGACCAGAGGCUGAUAUUUGGUCCCUGGGUGUCAUUCUCUACACGCUUCUGGCGGGUUACCUGCCCUUUGAUGACGAUAAUGAAACCGUGGUCCAGGACAAGAUCGUGGACCUCGAUUAUGAAAUGCCUAACGAGCUCUUCUGUAAAGACGCUCAAGAUUUGAUUCAGAGUAUAUUGAAGGAGGAUCCUAAGGAGCGGUUCACAAUUGAGCAAAUCUUGGCUCACUCCUGGUGGAUGCCCCGUUCAGACGACGACGAGGAAGGCGGGGGCAGUGGUGCAGCAGGCGAGGGCGACGGAAAGCUAUCGAUGGAGCAACAGGACGCGCAUACAGGACACGGACGCCAAGGAUCUUUGACGAAGCGCGAGAUUCACCCGGUUGCGAGUCAACGGCCCGGCGAUAUUUACUCAGGAUCAGGGUCACCCCAGUUCCCAUCACCCUUGGCCCAAUACCCCUAUGGCGUCUGGGGUAAUCAGUCGCCUUAUACAUUCAACCCUCUGGGCGAUAUGCUGAGGGCCUCUUCACCGGGGGGACCUCCAGUACCUUCGCCAAUCUCAUCACCUCUGCCAUCGCCCUCACCGAUGGUGAACAAGAGUUUUCCACGUUUCGAGUCUGCAGGAACUAUGGACGGUAAUGGAUCGGCAGGCGCACGGAUAGGAGGAUCGGGAUCAAGCUAUUUCCCAGCAAACUCCUUCGAACAACGACUUCUCAUGGUCCUUGAGAAGAUUGGUCUCGACGCCGAGAUCUUUUCAAAGUCAGUUCCUGCCCAGUCAUGCGAUCCGGGAUACGGACUCUGGUGUCUACUCAUGGAACAAGUGAAGCAGCGAGCGAUCGACAAUGGAACGUCUCUGGAGUGGGAGCAAAGUAUUGCUCUGGUUGAGACGGCCACUUUGACCGGAGUUGGAUCGACUGGCGGAAUUCCUAACGGUGCGCUGGCGAUGAUGGGAGAGAAUGGCAAGAAGUCUCCCCGCCCUAUGUCUGAUCCUAGUCCGACGUCAAGUCAAGUCAACCUGUUGCUCCCUCAGAUCAGCAUACAACAACAGACAUACCCUAUUCAUCCUCACCAAUUGCAUCAGCAGCAACAGGAACAGCAGCAGCAGCAGCAACAACAACAGCAGGAUAACUCGGAACUACAACGUCAGACAGUGGAACUGAAGGAACUGUUGGACAAGUACAAGCUGGAGGCUGAACUGCUCAGGGUGGAGAAGCAACAGUUGGAGAAGGAGAAGAUCUCUCUUGCUGAGGUCCAGCCCAGCAAGGUACAUCCUUUUGAGAUGAAGGAGUUGCCUCCCAUUUCCGCCGAGGCUCUCUCGGGAGCAACGGGAGCGGGCCAAGUCAAGCCUGAGCGGCCGGUGCAGGAUAGCGGAGUCUCUGUUUCGACUUCGUCAACACCACAUUCGUCCUGGGAACUGACAGAGCGGGAUGGGCCAACGAUACAUGUCGAAAGACCCCGUCGGAAAAGCAAAGGGAUUCUCCAUUCCCUCAAGGAUCGAUUCUUCAGCAGUACAGGAAGCGAUGUCGACCCUCACUCUGGACAUGCAUCACCACACCCUCCAUCGCCUAUCCCACCCAAGGCGUUUACAGGAUCUCCUUCUUCCUCGACCAACUCUGGCACAACCUAUGCCUCACCCAAACCAUUACCAGCCCCACCAGCACAUCCCUACCCACACCUGCUGCAGCACCCGACGACUCACUCCCCUCUGAGCGCGGUGUCGUACAAGUCUGCCAGUACAAGUUCACUAGCUAUUGAGAAUGGACAGUCGACUACCCAUUCGGUGGCUGCCCGCGCUGCCGCCUCGUCCGACCAGCUCUCAAUACUCGACCCCCACCUCGACCACAACGUCAGCCAGUAUCUGGAUCCAGACACCCCGUCGACUCAUCACAAGAAGGGCGGAUUCAUGACUUGGAUCUCUGAGAGCGCUUCAGGAACUGUCCUGAACAAGACGCCUGUUGUUCAGAACACUGCCAAGGUGCCAAAGAAAAUCAAUGGACGAUCUUACUCGACUGCUGAAGCCUUUGCAGACCCUUCUUCGGUGAAUGGUAGUGGUGGAUUAGCCAGGAGUCCAGCAUCAUCCUCGGAAGAGAAUCGACCCCAAAUUCCCGCCAUCCCUGCCAGCUUCUUCCAGCCUAUUUGGAAGUCGCAUAGUGGAGGCGGAUCAGCUCAUGGAUCAGCGUCUUCAUUACCCUCAAAUAACGGUUCGACGUCAUCUUCUACACUGGCAACAUCGGCACCAUCAGGAAUGAGCAUUCGUCAGCGACUCGCCUCCUUUUCGUCGUCCACCGCCAAGAUCACACCAGAGGAGAGACAACGAGCAACAGCAGCGGCUGCUGCAGCGGCUGCCUUGGUUGCCCAACCUUCGUACCCUGAGCGUGCACACUCUCCUUCACCACCUUCAUCUCCUCGUGGCCCAGUCGGCUCGAAUGCAUUAGCCGCCUUGGGCGGAGCGACCCCUAGGCACCACCCCCACCGUCAGGAUGAUGAGAUCAAUGAGAUUGUCGCAGCCGCCGUGGCUGCGACUGCUAGUGCGCAUCUGAAAUCGAGCGGUUCCCGCAAGAAGAACAUUGGCACAACUUCUUCUGGCUCAAAGAAGAACAAGACUGUACUGCAAAAAAUGGAGCGGACAGACACAUAUCACUCAACAACCAGCACCUGCUCAACGGCCACCGCAACGAGCACGACUUCUGGCAGCACUAUAGUAAGCCAUUCUCGACGCGUCUCGGAUGCCUCUAGGCGACAGGUCUCAGCACCUUCUCUGCAGAUCCCAUCAUCUGUAAAUGGAACAGGACCUCCCUUUGGCAUUCUCAAGGACACUGGAGCUAACAAGGAUGUCACUCGGAAGCCAUCGAUCAAAGCAUCUAAGGCCUCGAUGCCCUCAUUGAUGACCGCCUUCUCGUCAUUCAAACCCUCCAAAUCUGCACCGUCGUCUCCUGUCGUAAACUCGCCAUCCCGCAUCUCUCGUCAACAACUCCCGCAGGAUUCAGCACAUCUACCUCCAUCACCGUCUGUCGAUUCUAGCUAUGCGACUAGGACCAACAGAUCCUCGCGAGCUAGCCAAGAAAGCUCCACAUCGUCGAUUGUCAGUGGUCGAUCAAGAGCUAUGUCGAACGCAAUGGAGAGACCACUGCCUCCAUUGCGCAACCAGGACGGCCAUACAGAUGUGGCCCCUUUGCCGCCUCUCAAGACUUUCGGUGAUGGGGUAGUCAUCCAGGAGCACGAGGUUCGGCCCAAGAAGCGUACUACCAGCCGAACCAGCAUUACAGCUGCUUCGCUUAGCAGACGUUCGAAUGAGUCGUCGGGAUCUCUCAUCUCUGCGGCUGAUCGGUCAGAGCCCUCGAGUCCUAUCACAGCAACCACGUUCGCUACAGCUACAGGGAUCACAGGCGGCGCUGCCGGUGGCGGUUCUACGUCAGCGGUUCAUGCAGCCAGCCCAACUUCGGCAGUGUCCCCCUCGAAGCGUGCUAGCUUGGGCAGUUUGAGCAGUCGUCGGAGCAGUACCAGCAGCAUGCGAGACCGCAACAUCUUUGGUCUGACACUGGAUAGCGGAUCUGGAUCACGGAAGUCGUCAUUGAAUUUAUCGCGGACGUCGCUGUCCAAGAACACGUUCCAGUCGCCUUCUGCCUCACCUGGCCAGCCCCGUCGUGGUGCUGAGAUGGAGCGCGGAGAGCGUGAGCGGUAUGGCCAGGAGGAUUUGGCAUCAGCAGGAACUGGACGUGCCAGCCCAUUGGCGCUGUCGGUUGUCGAGGAGACACAGGAUGAUAUGUCGCAUCAGCAGGAGUUGAUUGGAACGCACUCGCGCACUGGAUUGAAUCACAAUGUCAAGGAUGCUGGUCGUAAGGAUAUGUUCCCCAUGAGCGCUCCCUCGUCCAUCAUGCAGUCUCGUAGUGGUGUCUCGUCGGUCACAGUUUCCAACAAUAGUUCGACUCCAAUGGCUGUUGUGCGCGCAACUCUUACGGAUGCAAUCACCUAUUCGCCUUCGAUCUCUGCAUCGUCGUCAUUGAGCCGCGUUGCCCAUGAUUCCAAGACUGAAGCAGAGGCCGCGACAGCUGCUGUUAUUGCAGGAGCUGAAGAAGCCUUGGGCGCCAACAAGACUAUGGACGAUGCCGCGGACGUGAGCUUUGGAUCCGGGUCGACAACGCAGCCUCGCUUAGAUUUCACGGAUGGGCGCAGCCUGAUUCCUUCGCCUCCACCCUCGCCAUCACCUUUGCGCCCCAAUUCUAUACGCAACUCCGCUGCUGCAGCUUCUGCGAUCCCUGUCGCCGUCGGAUCUGACAAAUCGACUUCUGCUGCUGCCCCUGCGCCAGCUGCGCCUAUGGUGAUGAACAGGAGGUCGGCGAUGUUGGAGGAGCCGAGAACCAGUCUUUUGUCGACCAGUUACCCACCUCCAAGGGCUAGUCUUUCCUACUCUGCUGGUGCUGCUGCUGCCGUUGCAGCCGCCGCUGCCAACGCCACUGCUUCCUCUACUUCGUCUUCGACCAUGCUGGAAUCGACGUCCCCUCCUUCGCCCUUGUCCUCUAGACCCUUGGUCUCAUUUGAUCAGCACUUUUCGAACCAGGCCCGAAUUAAGGAACACCGCGACUCGACCACGCCCCGCAAAGUCGUCAAUGGAUUCCAACCCCUCGCUGCCAAACGUCUCUCCAAGCCUGGCUGGAACGCCAACAACAAUGCUAAUAAUAGCACUGCAGAGGGACCGUCGACCCCCCAGCUCAACGAGUCCUUGAUGCCCGACCACCGUGCCUCACCUCCCCCACCCUCCGCCAUGGACCGCUUCUCGUCGUCCUUCUCCUCCGCCCAUGGACCUCCCAACGCCUUUGCGGGCCGCAACCGUCGUGGAUACCGAAACAGUACGGGAUCUAUGGCCAAUAUGACCCUACAGCAGCAGCAAACCUUUCAGCAACUCCAAAAGGAGCAGUUGCUCAAGAUCCAACAGAACCUGCCAAACGCUGGGUAUGAGACUACGGCGGCGAUGAAGAUCCAUGGACCUCGCCCUCGCACGGGUAUGUUCCCUAAGCGCGAGUUGGGUUCUGGUCUUGGUGGUGGUGGUGGUGGAGCUCUUGGUGGAUUGGGGGGUCUUGGUGGCGCUGGUGUCCCUAGCCAUUUGGGAUCGUCGUCGAUCGUUGCUGGUGGUGGUAGUAUCAGCCACCAUAACAAUGGUAGCCAGAGCCCUGGUUUCGGAACAUUUGAGACCGUCUACGAAACUUCUGCUGGUUCCGCUGGAAACGGUGUUGGUUCGGGACCUGGUGUCGGAAAGAGGGAUUCUUACUCAAACCGGCGCCAGAGUAUGGCGACUGCGAUGGGGAAACGUGCCGGUGCUACCCCCGCUGCUAUUCAGGAGGAGGAAGAGUCUUAA